AUGCCGGCACAAAUCAACGGAUCCGUAACGGGCGCCCUACCCAUCCAUAUCGCGACCGACCAAGCAAACGGCUUCCAUAAGCAGCAUAAGCACUCGCGAUCCUCUUAUUCAGAAUCUUCCCCUCUGGCAAAUUCGAGGAACAAUUCUUUGACCUUUCGCCCUACCAAGCGGUUCAUGUCUGCCCCGAAGACGAUCGCCGUUAUAAACGCCAGUGGCCGCCAAGCUGCGUCUCUGAUUCGCGUGGCGACUGCUGUCGGCUACCAUGUUCGCGCACAGCUCAGGAACCUCGAAGGAGUCGUCGCCACGGAGGUGUCCACCAAUCCCAACGUCACCGUCUUCGUCGGCGAACUCUAUACAAGACACCAGCCUACCAAGGAGAACAAGGAUGUAACCCAGAAUGGCCCAAUGCCGGGUGUGGGCGUCAACCAUGAGCUGAUUGAAAACCUGUUCCGCGGCGCACAGCUUGCUUUUAUCAAUACCACAUUUUACGGCGACGAACUGCAGAUUGGCAAGGCCCUGGCCGAUGCAGCCAAGCGGGCCAAUAUCCAACACUACAUCUACUCGUCCAUGCCCGACCACUCAGCAUACAACCCCGAGUGGCCGUCGUUGCCUCUGUGGGCGGCCAAGCACAAAGUCGAGGAGUAUGUGAGAGAACUGGGACUGCCCGCCACCUUUGUCUACACCGGAAUCUACAACAACAACUUCACUUCGCUACUAUACCCCUUAUUCUGCAUGGAGCUGCAACCGGACGGUUCUUUCACUUGGCAGGCGCCCUUCCACGAAGAUGUCAAGCUCCCCUGGUUGGAUGCCGAACACGACGUUGGGCCUGCUGUUAUUCAGCUUUUCAAAGACGGCGUCUCCAAGUGGGCAGGAGAGCGUAUCGCCUUGGCAUACGAAUACCUCACUCCGAUUGAAGCUUGCCAGCUGUUUGCUCGCGGAGUCGGCCGCCCCGUGCGCUACAUAAGAGGGCCCAUUGAGAUCAAAGUUCGCAUACCCACAGGCUAUCGAGAACAGCUGGAAGCUCUGGAGAAGCUCUUUGAUUAUACCGAAAAGGACCCUUCGAAGCAGCCUCCGUACUUCGGCGACCCAAAGCUGGAAGCCAGCUGCCCCCGGGAAGCGCUGGAGCUGUGGGAGGGCCCUCGCGGAUUAGAAGAAUACGCAAGAGAAAUGUUCCCGCUGGAAGAAGAAGCAAACGGCCUCACGUGGAUGUUUGAGGAAGAGGAUGACCAAGAAGCCCGGAUCCAGGCCACGACAACCUCUGUGGAGAAUUUGAGAAUCCAGGAUGAUGUUGAUGACGACUCAUCCGACGAUGAUGAGGACGAGGGGCUUGUCAUGCGCGGCCUGAAGCGAGCCGAGGAGAGUUGGCUCGCAUGA